GAGCGCGCCGCUGAGUGAGGGCCGGCGGCCCCCCGAGCCCCGAGGAGGCGGCGGGAGGGAUGGGAGAGGCUGCGUCGCCGCCGCCAGCACCGCCCGCCUGAGCGGCUCCCGCAGACGUCGCGGGGAGCUGGUCGGUAGCGGGUGCCGACGAGGGGGGGGACAAAGGAACGGCGGGAGAACGGCGAACUUCGAGGACGGCGCUUCGCCGGGCGCGGGCGGUCGGCUGGGAAUUUCGGGUCAUUCAUCGGCGGCUGACGCCGUCCGGCCGCGUUCUCCCCUCCGUGCUCUGCGAGCGCAUCUCGCCGGGUCACCCGAUGGCAGCAGCUGGGCAGGGAGCUCGGUAGUGCUGCUGCGGUUGUGCGGCUCUUGGAACGGCGACGGGAGAGGCUGAGCGAGUGGUGUUCAGAAUGGCUGGCUUGUCCAUUCUAAUCCUCCUUUUGUGUGCUGCUAAAGAUGUGAUGCCCUCCGGUCCUCACUGGAAGCCCACUUGGCCCUCUUACAGAGUUCCAGUUAUCCUGCCACAGUCUACCUUUAACUUGGACAAACCACAGUUUGAUGCUGAAGCCAGACUGGAAGUGGCAUCUCCAUGUGGCCCAGAGUGCCACAAAAGUUCUCCGCUUCCAACUUAUGAAGAAGUGAAGAACUACCUGUCCUAUGAAACCUUGUAUGCUAAUGGUAGCCUCACUGAAACCGAAGUGGGCAUAUAUAUUCUGAGCAGCAGUGGUGAUGAGUCUCGAGGCAGAUCUCGAACUAAGAGGCAGAUCUAUGGCUAUGACAGCAGGUUUAGCAUUUUUGGGAAGGACUUCUUGUUGAAUUACCCAUUCUCCACAUCAGUGAAGCUAUCUACAGGUUGCACGGGGACACUAGUGGCUGAAAAGCAUGUGCUUACUGCUGCUCAUUGCAUCCACGAUGGCAAGAGUUAUGUCAAAGGAGCUCAGAAACUGCGAGUGGGGUUCCUGAAGCCUAAAGUGAAAAAUGGCAGCAAAGGGGCCAACAUCACCGGCUCGGCAGUGCCUGAGAAAAUGAAAUUCCAGUGGAUCCGGGUGAAACGGACACAUGUCCCCAAAGGAUGGAUCAAAGGCAAUGCCAAUGAUAUCGGCAUGGAUUAUGACUAUGCCCUGCUGGAGCUCAAGAAGCCUCAUAAAAGAAAGUUUAUGAAGAUAGGUGUAAGCCCACCAGCAAGACACUUGCCUGGAGGGAGAAUUCACUUUUCUGGCUACGACAACGAUCGACCAGGAAACCUGGUGUACCGUUUCUGUGAUGUCAAAGAUGAAACGUACGACCUGUUGUACCAGCAGUGUGAUGCCCAACCAGGUGCCAGUGGGUCUGGGGUGUACGUGAGGAUGUGGAAGAGGCAGAAUCACAAAUGGGAACGUAAAAUUAUUGGCAUAUUUUCAGGCCAUCAGUGGGUGGACAUGAAUGGCACCCCGCAGGAUUUCAAUGUGGCUGUUCGCAUCACACCCCUCAAAUACGCACAGAUCUGUUACUGGAUCAAAGGCAACUAUCUUGACUGCAGGGAAGGAUAAAGAUACAGAAACUCCUUGAAAGCACUUAAUGACUGGUUUUAAAUGAGGAAAGGCUAGACUUUCGCUGCAAAUGUGUGUGAUAGGGUUUUGUAAUGUCAGAAUGUGAUAUAUGGCUUUUCAAGCGAGCUACCUUGUUGUUGGGACAGAGGCUACGUGGUGCUAUCAUAGCAGCUAGAAACUGGGGUGUAAAGGGGCAUCUUCUGGGUGGGGGAAGGAGCAGGUGGACUUGCUGGGUUUGCAGCUGAGCAGCUGAAGAUUAAUUAGGGGCGGAUCAGUAAACAGUACAAACUCAGAACCAUCUCCAAAGAAUCCUAUAAAAGGGACGCUGUUGACUAUCUCAUGCCUACAGUGUUUGUUUUAAUAAAUCCUAGGAUUAGUGGAAGUGCUUUGAUCUGAACUUUUAAAAGAAAAUAUUUCUAUGCUGUUGGGGGCUGAAGAGGGGCAUUUAAUGGUGUUUGCAACCCAAACAUUACAGCUUUGUGUUCCUGCAUGAGAAAGGGAGUGUGAAAAGGGCAAAGCAUGCGUUGUGGGAGAUGAAUGCCACACAAAUAGCAUGAAGGGUAAAUAACUGCAUAACACUUGUAACCUUCUUUCAGCCUGAGUGAUUCAAGACUGUAUUAGUAACAUAGUUAAGAAAAAUGUUUUUCCAGCAGACGGACCUUGAUGUUGUAAGGUCUUACCUUUGAAGAUGGUGUUGGUCAUAGGAGCAGAGCCAUUGCAUCCUGCUUUUGGAAAUCAUAUCUGGGCUUAAAUCUUUAAAGUAGCUGGGGCACAGCCUUACACCUGGUAAAAUCCCUAUGAAAGCAUAUGGGACUGAUACAUGUUUUCUGGUAUGUCUUAAUUUUUUAUUUUUUUAAUGGAAAAUCUGAUGUCAGCAACUCAGAGGAGAAGCCUGUCUUUACUCUUGGUGGCCAUCUGAACUGCUGACUGUAAGGCAGACAAAGGAUAGAGCAGGACAAGGGUUGCCCUGAAAUUUCCACCCUUCUUGUUGAAGAUCCAUGCUAUUCUACCUAAAAAUAAGCAUGGUAGAGGGACUCUAGAUUUGUGUCUCUCUUUUGUAUCCCUUUCACGUUGUACUCUGUAGAGCACUUUGACUUCUCUUUCUUGUGUUGUUUGAGUCAGGGACUCCCAUCCCCAGAUCUUUGAGUUACAAAUAAUUCUUGGCAAGUGCACUGUUCAGUAAUUCUACAGCUGAAGUGGAGCCAAAUUACAGGAUGCAAUAUGAACUAGUUAUGAAGUGAUGCUCUACUGUCUCUUAAAGAUAUCAGCAACUUUUACUACAGCAGAAUUUUAAUUUAAAACAAAAAGUGCCUUGCAUAGGUAAAAUCAGUCCAGACAAACACUUGUGGCUUAGCAAACAGCACUGGGAGAUCAGCGUGGUCUGUAGAGCUGUUUCUCAGGUGGCUUGUGCCACGCAGUUGACACAUGCUGCCAAGACAAUACUGUUUUUUUAAAUAGGAGGAUAGACGCUGGCUCCAUUUCCAGUCUCAAUUCCAUCCAUCUUCCACCAUCUCCUAAAGCUCACCCAGUUGUUCUGUUGGAAGGUGUCAUGGGGCAAAGCCACGUCUCUCGUGUGAGAUGGCAGAGCAGGGAAGGAAUGAUUCUGAGCAGAGCUUCCCUGUGCUACAAGGAAAAUGUUAAUUCAGCUAAGCCUUUCUUUCACUCUUUUAAUUACUAAGGCAUUUGUAAACAUAUGCCUGAUGGUGCUUUCUGUUUGUGAUGGCUUCAGCUCUACUUCUGAAAGCCAUUUCUUGCUAGAGCUGCCUAUGAUUAUUACUUUUAGAGGUGCAGCAUACAAAAACAUGGAUCCUCGUGGAGUUUGGUGCACUCAGAUACAAGCAGUUACUAAUGCUUUGAAAUAUGAAUAAUCGCCUCGUGUAUCUGAUGUCUUUUUCUCUGCCGUUUUAUUUUAAUUUCUUUACUCUAUGGCUGUUAUCUGGAGCACUUUUGUUUGAAUGUAUCACAGUGAAUAAAAAGAAGUUAUGGAAUUUCAA